AAAUACAGUCCGACACAAUAUUUUAGAGAUGAACACGACCUCCUUUCAGACUCGGACAGAUACUGUCUCCAUCUCUUUCUCACCAAAAUCCACUAGUUUAGUUUAGCGCAUUUAAGGUUUCUGACUUUCCUCUGUCUAUAAUCAGAAAACCCACCAAAAAAAACGUCACUUUCACUCUCUGAAAUGGCAGUUCCUUGCUCGCAAACAGAUGACUUGGUAUCAACAACACAAGUCCCUCUCAUAUAUGAAGACCAAGAAGAUGAAGCCCAUCUCUCAAAAUCUCUAAACCAUUUAGAAACCAUUUUAAGGGUCUUUGGCUUUUGUCAACAAUCCUUUAUAAGUCUCACUCUCUCAUGGCUCUCUUUUUUGCUUCUUGGUAUUGCUCUUCCUGUUGUGAUGAUCCAUUAUCUCUCUUACUGCACUACUGACUGUAAGAAGUACCAAAUUCGUACCUUUGAGAUUCAGGUUUUGGUGUUUCAGUGUCUGGUUGCUGCCAUUUCUCUUGUUUGUAUUUCACAUAACUUGAGGAAGUAUGGGUUCAGGAAGUUUCUUUUUGUGGACCGCUAUCAUGGACAUAUGGCGCAGUUUCGUGAUGAAUAUGUGAAGAAGAUUAAUGGUUUCUUCCGCUUGUUGGCAGUAUGGGUGAUACCAUUCCUCCUCCUGAAGAUUGUUCGCGAGGCUGUUCGCAUUAUAUAUGUGCCACACCAUUCUUGGAGGCAAUCUGUUGCGAUACUGAUAGCUUCGAUUGUCUCAUGGACCUAUUCAAUCACUAUCUAUUUAUCAGGCUGUGCUUUAUUCAAUUUAGUAUGCAAUUUUCAAGUGAUUCACUUUGAAAAUUACGGGAAGCUCUUAGAAAGGGAUAUGGAUGUUUCACAGUACAUUGAGGAACACAUUCGUCUAACACAUUAUCUAUCUAAGAUAAGCCAUAGGUUCCGAAUUUUUUUCAUUCUUGAGCUCUUGGUUGUGACAGCGAGUCAGGUCGUGGCUUUAUUUCAAACUACAUGGAAUAGUGAAAUUAUCAAUUUCAUCAAUGGUGGUGAUUUUGUGAUCUCUUCUAUAGUUGAGCUUGUUGGUUUAAUAAUUUGCCUGCAUGCUGCUGCAAAAAUCACACAUAGAGCACAAGGCACUGGAUCAGUUGCUGCUAAAUGGCAUUCUAUAGUUACAUGUGCCUCUGAUGACACUUCUCAAGUGGAAAUAAGCAGCAAUUGUGGAAGCUCGGAGGCUGCCAAUACAGGCCAUUUAUUGCGCAUAAAUUAUUCAGAAAGUGAUUUGGAGGCAGUUGACUAUGUGCCAGUGCCAACUACUACCCAGUUGGCUUCAUAUAUGUCAACAUAUCACAAGAGACAAGCUUUUGUGACGUAUUUGCAGUCCAAUCCUGGUGGGUUUAGUGUUUUUGGAUGGACAAUUGACCGGACACUCAUCAUCACUAUCUUCUUUUUGGAGAUGUCGCUGGUUCUUUUUGUACUUGGGAAGACCAUAACCAUCUAUCAUUCGUAAAUUUUUUUUUUCACACAGCAUACCCCAUAAAACUCGCAUAUUCCACCCAAUUUUUUGCUGGAGUCAAUGGGCAGCAUAAUUAGUACUUUCUAGAUUCUGAUACGUUGUUUGUGUAAUUGUUUUAGAUGUAUUUCUAUGUUAGCAACCUUGUUCUAACAUCAGGUUGCAUACUAAAGUUGACAAAUGAGAUUGAAUGCUGUUUUAUAGGUUUCAAUUUUCUCUGUUCCAAGCACCUUAUUUUUCCCCGAAAGAACUCUUUAUGAUAUCAGUCAGCUAUAAAUCCCAGUCAAAUUCCUCAUUUGUUGCUCCAGUUGAACAGGAUUAUCACAAAUGAUAUGAUAACAUUGUAAGAUCAUAGCCAGUUUUUUUC